CUCCUCGACUGUCUACAAAGGACUUGUUCUGCUAUCAAUUACCAUCAUCACAUCUCCAAAUCAGCCCACCAAUCAUCCAUAGCUCCCUGCCUUCGGAAGAAGCUGGCGAUAACCCAGAUAACUUCGCCAUGUCCGACUCAUCUGAAUCCAUCUCCCUGCAAGUAACAGUCCAUCUUAAACCCGAGGACGUGCCGAAGUUCUGGGCUGCUUUCGAACCCGCCUACAAGGCUGUCACUGCUGAGCCUGAAUGUACUUUCUUCGAACUAUACCAGUCGCUUGAUUCCCCGGGAACUAUUUCCUGGGUAGAGAAUUGGUCCGCGUCAAAAGAAUGGCUUAUGGGGGUCCAAUUGGUGAAGCCGUAUUAUCGUGAUUACUUCGCUGCAACAGAGCCAUUAUUCAUAAAGCCUAGAGAGGCUAAGUUGUUGAAGAGAGUGGGGACGCCGUUUACGAUGAUGAAGAAGACGAAUGGAGGGUUGGUGGACUGAAUUCGAGGUUCAAGCAAGAAUGAGAGAUAACGCGAAGUGUUCUCGGCACGGAACGAGACAUGAAAACAUACGUACUCAAGUUAUAUACGCUUAUUCCUAGUUGACCCUGUUCCAUAAAAUAUGGAGCUCGAAAGUAAUCGCAGCAG